AGAGUGUGUUCGGCUCGAAUGCGCAUCCACCCCACCUCUCGGCUGUGUCAUGGCCGGCGGCGCAGGCGACGAGGGCAUUUUGCGGGCUUGGGCGUCCGACGGUAGCGGCAAGUUCGACCGAGCCGAAAUAGCGCACCUGGGCCCCAGGCUUGGCCGCGGGCUGGUGGCGCGGCAGGCGAUCGGGGCAGGCGAGGUGGUGCUCCGAGACAAGCCCGCUGGUGGCGAUGCAGCACGUCUUCUCCGAGCGCCUCACGCCCUGCUGCGCGCGCUGCCUCGCGCCCGCGGGCGGCCUCGAGGAGCUCCUUUCGCGGCUCCUCGCCAACGGCGCCCGGCCGCUGGCCGCCUUCCCGGAGGUCGCCGAGCACCCCAUGCGGACGCCCGGGUGGCCGGGGCACGGGCCUGGCCCUGCGGCGCCGCGGCUUGCGGGGCCCUCUUCUGCUCGCUGGCCUGCCGGGAGCAGGAGCUCGCCCGCGGGCCCCACCGCGUGCUCUGCGCGGAGAUGGGCGGCGAGCGGCGGCGGCACUGGGACCGCUUCCGGGCGCACGCGAGGCGGCACCACGAGAACUUCUUGUUGGCGGCCCAGGCCCUGGCCUGGGCGAUCUGCCAGGUCGCGUACCUCGGCGUGCCCGCGGAGCACGCGAAGGCGGAGCUCCUUCCCUGGCGCGCGCUCCCUGGCACCUGCUGCCCGCCUCGGCCCGGCGUCCCGCGGAGGGAGGCGGGCGUGCCAUGGACCGCCUGGCGGUGCUGCGGGAGUCGCUGCACCUGCUCUCGCAGGCGCUGCUUCCUGCCUACGCGGAGUCGGCGCGCGGAAUCGGGUCGUUGUUCGAGGAGGCGUUCUACUCCGAGCUGCUCGGGGAGUUCGACCUCGUGAACGUUAGCCUGGAGUACGAGCACCCGCUGGGCGCGGUCCUCCGCGCGGCGCUCGAGGACCCGCGGCACGAGCUGCACGGCCUCGCGCUGGCCUGCGGCAGCUCGGGCCUGCUGGCCCAGGUGCGGCGCAUCGCUCGGGGGCCACAUGCGAGCCCUACCCUUGUGGAGGACGAUAAUCAGAGCCCC